AUGAUCAAGACAUUGGCUCCUUACUCAACCACAGCCAAAACGGCUGAGAUAAUGUCCAGGUACAGGCCCAUUGCACCCAAGCGCGAGGACGAGAACUCAAAUUCCAACUCUUCCGGCAUGUCUCAGAAGAUCAGGCAAUCCCCUUACCUGAGGAACCUGUGGCCACAAUUGCAGGCCAGGCCAACAAGAACCCGCAAGAGGGGCAGAGGAUCUUCUUUAUCUCCACCAGUCAUCAAAAGGCAGAGAAUCCAUCAUCAAAUGCCCAUUGGCCUUUCCUCGUCCCCUGCCAAGCAUCUCUCCAUGCAAGGGUUUCUUCAUGGGUUCUCUAACCAGCUUCCGGCGCUUCAUAGCCUUGGUGGGAUGAGUAGCAGCUUCGACAACUCGUCACUCGUUACCACGCCCUUGACACUUCCACUUCUUCCUCCUCCUUCAGUUGCCGCAGUAGGUACAACAAACCAAGGAGGAAUGCCGCCUCUGCAUGAGCUGAUGAGAUGCAUGGCACCGAGUCAGGAGGACAUAGAUUUGAACACCGUGGUGGAGGUACCAGAGGAGAAAGAUCUGCUGCGGCAACUGCAGGAACCUCGCCCUGCUGUUAUAGCCCCCCAUCCGGUCCGACCAGUUGGUUCGAGCAUUAGAGUUGCCUGCAUCAAUGAAAACACAGGGGUCCUACCUCUUCAGGGUCCGAAGAAGCCAGAGCAGGUUGAGGAAGAAGUGGAGUCCGAUGUCCUACCAGCUGUAAUAUCAGAUUCGAACAACAAGGUGAGGCUGGCAAAUUCUGCAUAUAAGGAAAUGGUUGGUCAGCCGGAAUGUUCGUGGCUGAAUUCCAUGGUGACGAUGGGGAAUGGUCGACUGGGAUGCAACAGCAACUCGUGCUGCAAGAGAAUUUGUGGGGAGGUGGCACUGCACCUUUCCGAUUCGAGGGUGCCGGUUUCAUCUAAUGGGUUCUCAUGCUGGGUCAGGAUUGAAUGGGGGAAUCCAGGUAAGAAGAGUUGUAUCAGUGCCUUCUGUGACGUAAGCAGAUUGUCAUGCGAGUCCAAGGAUUAUAUGUUCACCUGGAGGUUUCACACCCCUGCGAGACAAGGGUCCCAAGGCAGCAGCAAUGUCUGA